AACCACACACCUAAGUCCCUAGCAAGCAUAACCGUUUCCCACCUAACUUCCGAAAUGUCCUGGUUCCCCUUCUAAAGUACUAAUUCAAAUUCUAUUUUAUAAUCAUCCACGGACCAUCCUUCUGUAAUCUGUUACUUCUCACUCCUUCACUUUAAGACUUCCUUGUCUCUCUUCAUCCGCCAUGAAAGCCAUCUCCAUUCUCCUUAAGACCUUCCGCCAUUCCUCCUCAACUUCCCUCUAUCGCCUCCAUAGCCCUCGCUUCUUCUCCUCCCUUCCUCUUUCUCAUCCUAUCUACACAAUUUGGGCUUCUAACACUAACCUCGGAAAAACCCUAAUUUCCGCCGGAAUCGCUUCAUCCGUCCUCGAAUCCCCGAAUUCCUCUCAAUUUCAUUACAUCAAACCGGUGCAAACUGGGUUCCCGUCCGAUUCGGACUCCCGCUUCGUCUUUCGCAAGGUUUCCGACCUCUUCGUUCGUCGUCAAACUGAACUUUCUCUCCUCGCCUCUAAUCAUGUCAUUAAAGCGUCGAAUGCCGCUUCAAAGGACAUUUUGAAUUGGUACGAGGAGAAGAAAGUGGGAGGAGAGUUGAGUUUUGGAGAAAAGAGGUUGAUUUGUAAGACAUUGUAUGCAUGGAAGGAACCGGUUUCGCCGCAUUUGGCAGUGGAGAGAGAAAAUGGAGCUGUGGAUGAUGAAGAAUUGUUGAAAAUGGUGGAGAAAAGCUUGUGGAUGGGUGUGGAAGGCGAGCAAAAGCAUGGUGAAUGUUGGAGCUUGAUUGAGACUGCCGGUGGUGUUGCUAGUCCGGCUCCUUCUGGAACUCUUCAAUGUGAUUUAUACAGGCCUUUCCGUUUACCUGUUAUUCUCAUCGGAGAUGGAAGAUUGGGUGGUAUUUCUGGAACAAUCUCUGCAUAUGAAACUUUAAAGCUUCGAGGAUAUGAUAUUGUAGCUGUUGUUAUUGAAGAUUGCGGCCUUGGCAAUGAUGGCCCCUUGCUAUCAUAUUUACAAAAUAGCUUGCCAGUUUUUUCUUUGCCACCUGUUCCCCAAGAUAUGUCCGAUGAUCUGAUGGAAUGGUUCGAUGAAUGCCAUGAUGUUUUUGCCUCACUCAAGCAAGAAUUACUGUCUGCAUUUUGUGAGCGAGUAAAGAAAUUGCAUGACUCUCGAAAGAAGGCAGGAGAUAUUUUGUGGUGGCCAUUUACGCAACAUCAUUUAGUACCAAAGGAAAAAGUUACAGUGAUUGAUUCGCGAUGCGGUGAAAACUUUGCUGUUCACAAGGUUGACACUCGUGAUGUCAUAACUCAGCAGUAUGACGCUUGUGCCAGUUGGUGGACUCAAGGACCUAAUUCUUCCUUACAGAUUGAAUUGGCUAGAGAUAUGGGCUAUGCUGCUGCUAGAUAUGGGCAUGUGAUGUUUCCUGAGAAUGUCAAUGAACCAGCAUUGGACACUGCUGAACUUUUGCUGGAAGGGGUUGGAAAAGGUUGGGCAUCUCGGGCAUUCUUUUCCGAUAAUGGAUCGACUGCUGUUGAAGUUGCUCUUAAGAUGGCAUUUCGCAAAUUCUUGCAUGAUCAUGAAACCAUUGUGGAUCUUUCUGAACACAAUUCUAAGAGAUCCGUAGAGUUCAGGGUACUGGCUCUUAAUGGAUCUUAUCAUGGUGAUACUCUAGGUGCAAUGGAAGCACAAGCACCAUCAUCCUUUACAGGAUUUCUCCAACAGCCAUGGUACAUAGGUAGAGGUCUCUUUAUUGAUCCCCCAACUGUGUACAUGGAACGUGGAGAAUGGAAGGUUCUUUUACCUAGUGAACUUCUUUCUGAAGGACAUAAACAGGAAGAUUUGACUUUUGGAUUACGGGAGGAACUUUUUUCAAAAAGUAGGCGCACAUCAGACAUUUCGAGAAGUUAUUUAUCUUAUAUAUCUAAACAGUUAUCGGCAUUCUCUAGGAGGGAACAGAACAAAUGGAUAGCUGCUCUAAUCAUUGAACCAGUUAUACAUGCGGCUGGUGGCAUGCACAUGGUUGAUCCGGUUUUCCAACGGGUCCUUGUUAGAGAAUGCCAAAAGAAAAAAAUUCCAGUCAUUUUUGAUGAGGUUUUUACAGGAUUUUGGCGCUUGGGAGUAGAGUCUACUGCAGAGCUACUUCAUUGUGCACCUGAUAUAGCUUGCUAUGCUAAGCUGAUGACUGGAGGGAUCAUACCUUUAGCAGCCACAUUAGCAUCAGAAUCUAUUUUUGAUGCAUUUGUGGGAGAGUCAAAAUUGAAAGCACUUUUACAUGGACACUCGUAUACGGCACAUGCUAUGGGCUGUACGGCUGCUGCUAAAGCUAUUAAAAGUUUUAAAGACCAAAAGAAAAAUCCUAAUUUGACACAAGAAGGAAAUGCACUAAAAGAGAUGUGGGACGCAGAGCUUGUUAACAAAAUCUCAAUGCACCCACAAAUCAAAAGACUGAUUGUGUUGGGGACUGUAUUUGCAGUGGAGCUCCAAACUCAUGGUUCCAGUGGCGGGUAUUCAUCAACUAUGGCAACGUCUCUACUUCAAAAGCUUCGUGAAGAUGGCAUAUUCAUGAGACCGUUAGUGAGGCGAUCUCAUACAAGACAAGCUGAAUUUUUUCAGUUCCAACAAUGAUAAUAAAACCAUGGGGGAAGUCGAGAAGACAUGACGUCCAAGCUAAGUUCUCUACUGCCAACUUUCGUAUAGAAGAAAGGAUAAAUUUCUAAUUACGAAUAAAAUAAAUAAGUCCCAAUAAGUCAAUAGUGCAUGAUUUCAUAUUAUAUGUACAUAUCUAAUUUUUAAAGGUACAUAUUUCAGUGGAAUUUUGAUGGAGGUAUAUAUUCAGUGUAUAAUUUUUACAAAUAUUUUUUAAUAAUGAAAAAGUUAGAGCUUAAAAAGCACACAUAUCCCCUUAGGUUUAAAAUUGUCUCACCGUGAGACCUUUUUAGGCUAAAUAGUUCACGUUAAAUAUUUAAAUAUCAAUCUUAGUUGUUUAAAAAUGUCACUUAAAUAAGUCUCACCAUAAAACGAUCUCAUAUAGAA